GAGAAUAACUUGAAGCAAUUUGCCAACUUGUGAUAUGUGGAGAAGACUUGGGCAUCGCCCGUAUGGGACUGCGAAAGUAGCGUCCAAUGUGGAUAUGAAGCAAUAUGCCGAAACCGCUGCUAGCCUAAGAACAACAAACUCCUUGAAAAAAGCACAGUUAGACUUGAAAAGAGCAUACCAAGAGUACGACACUUUCAAAGAUGUUUGUGCAAAGAGAAAUAUGACAUUUCCCCUCUCUCCCACUUUUAGAGACGAUUACCAAGAACUGCAAAAAAUUUCAGAGACCGUUUUAAAUUUCAAGCAUGAGUCGAGGCAGUUGCAAGGUACAUUAAAACAAUUGAAAAUUGCACAGAAGAAAGACAAAGUGGAUAAUAUAGUUGAACAGGAAACGAUUUUGGACAAACUCACGAGGUACAAGCCAAUUUUGAAUGAGAAAACCAAGCUGCAAACUACGCUAGAAGAUAAACUCUUCGUCCAAGUUUCGAGCCUUCCUAAUUACAUCCACGACUCUGUAAAAGACAAGCAAGUUUUGUUGGAGUAUUUGAACCCUACACAGGAGCUGAAAGACUCUACGAGCGAUGAUUUCAAGGUCAAAAGUGAUUCUAGAUUUGAUCAUAAAGAAAUUAUGGAGCAUCUCGGUUUAGUGAAUUUUAGUCAGGCAACAAAGGUCUCUGGACGUGGUUGGUACUAUUUAAUAGGUGAUGGUGCUUUGCUGGAACAAGCCUUGAUUCAGUAUGCACUAAAAAAGGCACGACAAGCAGGCUUUCUGAUGGUAUUGCCACCUUCGAUUGUUCGGACUGAAGUCACUAAUGCUUGUGGUUUUAUGCCUCGUGACACAAACAAUGAACGCCAAGUAUACGAGCUUCAAAACGAGGAUUUGUGCUUGACGGGAACAGCUGAGAUACCACUAGCCGCUUUAUAUGCAAAUCAUGAAUUCAAAGGCGCAGACGUUCCGCUUGAUUUGGUGGGACUCUCACGGAGUUAUCGUGCCGAGGCAGGUGCAGCCGGGAGAGAUACCAGAGGUCUAUAUAGAGUUCACGAGUUUACCAAAGUCGAGCUAUUCUCCUGGACCUUCCCGGAUGAGAAGCAAAGCAUGGACAAGUUUGAUAGGAUUGUCAAGUUCCAGAAGGAUUUCAUCAAAAGUCUAGGUCUUACGGCCCGUGUACUUAUCAUGCCACAUGAUGACUUGGGUGCACCUGCCUAUAAAAAGAUAGACAUUGAGGUUCUCAUGCCUGGUAGAGGUACUUGGGGUGAGGUUUCAUCUACCUCCAAUUGUCUUGAGUUUCAAUCCAGGAGAUUGAACACAAAAGUUAGAGACCCUAAGGAUAGCAAGCUCAAGUUUGCCCAUACAUUGAAUGGUACUGCUUGUGCAGUUCCAAGGGUUGUUUUGGCCAUUAUCGAAAAUUUUUAUGACCCGGCUACUGACAGCAUUCAGAUACCAGAAGUAUUAAGGCCAUAUAUGGAUGAUAAAACAGAAAUCGGUGGCAAGACUGCUACAUCAAUAAAAACAUAGAUUAUCCUUCCUUUCUCUGUACAUAUAUAUACUUGGAUAUCUAGAUAUUAAGAUACAAUCAGGCUCAGUACUAUUUUUAUAUACACUAUAGACCAAAAUAGAUAACC